AUGUCAACUACCUUUCCAGGACUCGUCCACGAUGCGGAGAUACGUCACGAUGGAUCAAACAGUUACCGCUUAAUGCAGCUGGGAUGCUUGGAGUCUGUGGCCAACUCCACCGUCGCCUACUCUUCCUCGUCGCCGCUCACCUAUUCCGGCACCGGCACUGAGUUCGCCACCCCCUAUUUCUCUGCCAACCACCAAUACGCUCCCCUACACCACCAGUCCUUCCACUACGAGUUCCAACACAGCCACCCGGCUGUUAACCCCGACGCCUACUCCUUGAAUUCACUCCACCACUCUCAGCAAUACUACCAGCAGAUCCACCACGGAGAACCCGCCGACUUCAUCAAUUUGCACAAUGCCCGGGCGCUCAAAUCCUCCUGCUUGGACGAGCAGAGGCGCGAACUUGGGUGUUUAGACGCUUACCGCCGGCACGACCUCUCUCUUAUGGGCCAUGGAACCCAAUAUGGGAUGCAUCCAGAUCAAAGGCUCCUGCCGGGACCAAGCCUUGGGCUGGCGGCCACAGGAGCGGACGAUUUGCAGGGUUCGGUGGAGGCCCAGUGUGGGCUAGUAUUGAAUGGACAAGGUGGGGUGAUAAGGAGAGGUGGUACGUGUGUUGUUAAUCCCACGGAUCUCUUUUGCUCAGUUCCCGGUCGCUUAUCAUUACUCAGCUCCACUUCCAAAUACAAAGUGACCAUUGCAGAAGUGAAAAGGCGAUUGUCUCCACCAGAAUGUCUCAAUGCCUCUCUUUUGGGAGGGAUUUUGAGAAGAGCAAAAUCCAAAAAUGGAGGGCGGUGUUUAAGAGAGAAAUUGGACAGACUGGGCCUCAAUUUGCCUGCUGGAAGGAGAAAAGCUGCCAAUGUCACCCUCUUGACAUCCUUGGUGGAAGGAGAAGCUUUGCAUUUGGCCAGGGACUUUGGCUAUACGUGUGAAACUGAAUUCCCAGCCAAGGCAGUCGGAGAACAUCUUGCCAGGCAACACAUGGAACAGAAGGAACAGACAGCAAGGAAAAAAAUGAUCCUAGCAACAAAGCAAAUAUGUAAAGAAUUCCAGGAUCUCCUAAGCCAAGACAGGUCACCUUUGGGUUCCUCAAGACCUACUCCAAUAUUAGAUCUGGAUAUUCAGAGACAUUUAACACAUUUCAGUUUGAUUACUCAUGGCUUUGGAACUCCUGCGAUUUGUGCUGCCCUAAGCACUUUCCAAACUGUUCUAAGUGAAAUGCUGAACUACUUGGAAAAACACACAGCGCACAAAAAUGGUGGAGCAGCAGAAUCCGGCCAAGGACACAGCAAUUCAGAGAAAGUCCCACUGAGGAAAACGUCAGAGGCAGCAGUGAAAGAGGGCAAAACAGAAAAGACAGACUAG